UAGGUUCGUCCAAUUUCCAGAAAAAGUGUAAGCAGGUAAAGAUGAGAGAAUCAUCAAAGACUGGAUGGAAGCCAUUGACGGGCCAAGUGUUGCUCCGUUGAAGACGAAACAAUUUUAGGGCAAAUCACGAGACCAUGCCGGCCAUCGAAGUCGGAAGUGUCGAAGAACUUGGCUCCCUUACCGUCAUUUCGGCGAUUAUCAUUCUCCGACCUCAGUCGAUCAUCUUCUGCGCGAAUCAACGAGGAGCUCGCUCAGUCCUUUGGGCCUGAUUUGUAUGAUUUCCAAUUGAUGGAGUUGCGUGCCAUAACGCAGAAUUUUUCGACGAAUUUUCUGCUGGGAGAAGGUGGGUUCGGGAGAGUGCACAAGGGUUAUGUAGAUGAGAAUUUAAGACAGGGCUUGAAGGCUCAACCUGUAGCGGUUAAGCUUCUGGACAUUGAAGGCCUCCAAGGUCACCGGGAAUGGCUGGCAGAGGUAAUAUUCCUUGGACAGCUGAGGCAUCCAAAUCUGGUUAAAUUGAUUGGAUAUUGCUGCGAGGAAGAACAGCGGCUUCUUGUUUACGAGUUCAUGCCACGUGGCAGCUUAGAGAAUCACCUCUUUAAAAGUCUUUUAAUCUUCUAUUAAUGAUUAAUUUUUUUUUUUUUUUUGAAAGAAAAAGUCAACGUUUGACUAAUUAAACAUUUUUGUGUGACCAUAGGAAUG